AGAAGAUCUCAAGUAGGCAGGGGCCGGCCAGGCUGGGGCAGCCAUGGUAGCAGCACUAAUCUGGAUUCCUCUCCUUGUGGGUCUCCUGGCAGGACUGGGGGGCACGGAGGCCCAGCAGACCACACUUCACCCGCUGGUGGGUCGUGUCUUUGUGCACACACUGGAUCAUGCCACCUUCCUGCGUCUUCCGGAGCACAUCGCUGUCCCACCCACCGUCCGCAUCACCUACCACGCCCACCUGCAGGGACACCCAGAUCUGCCCCGGUGGCUCCGCUACACCCAGCGCAGCCCCUACAACCCUGGCUUCCUCUAUGGUACCGCCACCCCAGAAGAUCGUGGGCGCCAGGUCAUCGAGGUCACAGCCUACAACCGGGACAGCUUUGAUACCACUCGGCAGAGGCUGGUGCUGCUGAUUGGGGACCCGGAAGGCCCCCGGCUGCCUUACCAAGCUGAGUUCCUGGUGCGUAGCCAUGAUGUGGAGGAGGUGCUGCCCUCGACGCCUGCCCACCGCUUCCUCACGGCCUUGGCGGGGCUCUGGGAGCCCGGGGAGCUGCAGCUGCUCAACAUCACUUCUGCCUUAGACCGUGGGGGCCGUGUCCCUCUUCCCAUUGAGGGCCGGAAGGAAGGGGUGUACAUCAAGGUGGGCUCUGCCUCACCCUUCUCUACCUGCCUGAAGAUGGUUGCCUCCCCUGACAGCCACGCCCGCUGUGCCCAGGGCCAGCCUCCACUUCUAUCCUGCUACGACAACCUGGCACCUCACUUCCGUGUUGACUGGUGCAAUGUGUCCCUGGUGGAUAAGUCAGUGCCAGAGCCGGUGGAUGAGGUGACCACCCCAGGCGACGGAAUUCUGGAGUAUGACCCAUUCUUCUGUCCACCUACGGAGGCCACAGCCCAAGAGUUCCUGGCAGAUUUCCUGGUCACUCUCCUGCUGCCUUUGCUGGUGGCCCUUCUGCUUACCUUGCUGCUGGCCUAUGUCAUGUGUUGCCGGCGAGAAGGACGAUUGAAGAGAGACCUGGCCACCUCUGACAUCCAGAUGGUCCACCAUUACACCAUCCACGGGAACACAGAGGAGCUGCGGCAGAUGGCAGCCAGCCGCGAGGUGCCCCGGCCUCUCUCCACCCUGCCCAUGUUCAACGUGCGCACGGGCCAGCGGCUGCCUCCCCGCGUGGACAGCGCCCAGGUGCCCCUCAUCCUGGACCAGCACUGAGCACUCUGCCAGCUCCAAGGAGCACACGGGAGUCUGGCCGCCUGCCUGAGAGGAAGUGGCCCAGACAAGUAGCCGGAGGAUGGCGUGACUGCAGAGGACGGAGAGCCGUGCCCAGGCACACACACGCGACAGCCAGCUGCCCAGCGGCGCACAGGGAAGACUCAGUCACACUCAGUGCUGCGCUGCCAGCCCCUCCCGGAAGGGCAAGAGUCUACCACAGUCACACCCCACUCCCCACAAACCCUGGCAGAGGGGCAGCUGCCCCCAAGCCCCACCUCCACCCCCAGACAGCCCCACACUCUGCUUCCCAUCUCCAGUCCCACUGUUGGCUGGGCCUGACGACACGUGGCCUGACUCUCCACAUUUCCUCAGCCCCUUCAAUGGGCCAGACCUGGGGACACACCACCUACAGUAGGCCUCAGCCCCUGGAGGCACACUUCCCCUGAGCAGGACUGGAUGGGGCUUUGCCACACCUUGUUCACUCAUGAAACAAUGAUCAUACCUGCCUUGAGCUGUUGGGGGACUUCAUGAGGACAAGGGCACCCUCAUGGCUCCCAGGAGUUGGGGACCUGAUUAUACACAAGCCCUCUGCAGUCUCUCCAAGGCCAGCUGUCCUUGAGGUCUCCCUGCCUCCCUUAAGACCCAGGCUAAAUGGACUCCAUGUCCACCUAGGCCUUCUGAAAAGUUCAGCUUCUCCCUGUGAAUUAGGGCGGACGCCUAAAUUCGCACCCUCCUUGGUACAGAACUGCUAUGUGGUGUGGCGCUGUCCUGCCCACUUGAAAUGUGCCCGGUCCAAACUAAAGAGGUGCUCUUAAGUAGAAGGAAGAAAUUAUAUUUGGGGAGAUACUGGGCUCAAUAAAAAACAAUAUUAAAAGUAA